AUGCGCACCACCCACCCCAUCCUCACCCUCACCACCCUCCUCGCCCUCUCCACCACCGGCGCCCUCUCCGCCCCCCUCACCUCCGCCAGCUACGGCACCACCGCCAAAUCCGCCACGCACCUCAGCCACCGCCCUCCCCGCGCCGUCGACUCCGCCUCGACCCUCUACAGCAUCGAGCUCGCAUCCACGCAGCAACACCACAGCAACGAGCACAUCUACGCCGACGACCUCGUCGUCGUCGAGCGGCGGAAAGAAUCGAAACCAUCCGGCAGCGACGACAAGGGGGGGAGACUCGCGCAAAACGGCAGCAGCAGCAGCAAGAACGGUACGAUGGCUGCUAGUACCGCGAAGCCGGAGGACGCGGGGAAGAAGGGGAGCGGGAACGGGAACGGGAAGGGCGGCGGCGCCACUGAUGAUGGUGCGCAGAAGAAGAAUAAUGCUGCUGCGACGGCCACUGGUGCGGGGGAUAAGAAGGGGGGCGGUCGCCAGAGCACAGCUGGUCCAGCUGGCCACACCGACGACAACAACAACAACGACGACGGCCACAAAAAUGGCCGCGGUAAGCGCGAGGCGAAGUCAGAUGGCGCUGGCGACAAGAAAGGAUCUGAGAAGACGGCGGUGGCCGAGAAGGUGAAGAGCGGGAAGGGCGAUGCGGAUAAGAAGGGGGGAGUGGCCGACGGCAAGGCUGAGGCGAAGGAGGUGAAGAAGGCUGGUGGGGAAAAGACUGGCAAGGAAAGCCACUUGAUGGAGUGA